GGAGUCUAGGGGUUUUCUCGGAGGAACCUUGCUACAUUGCUUCACUGCUAGUCGGAGGAACCCCAGAGAUUCCCGCCGCUUCUGGCGCGUUCGGGCAGGCGAAGAAUAUAGAGUGACCAAGCGAUUCUCGCUGGCGUUUUUCUGCCUCGCCCCGACUAGAUCGCGAUCAGUUUCCUGCCCUUGAAAUAUGAAUCGAGCAACUUGUAGGGAAAAAGCUCCGGGCUUCUGUCUGCCUCCCCUAGCGCUCGUCGAGACACUCAUUCUUCUGCAAGGAGGCACGCUAUUUUCGUAGGACUCUGAAAACGCGAUCUGACCAUGCGGGCAGCGGAAGUCAAAUUUCUCGCGCCGAAGCCCUGCCCGAACCCUCCGAGAGAUUCGAUCAGCCAGCAAAAUCGUUUGAAAUGUUUGCCCAGAAAAUUCCUUUCGAGCCGGGCAGCAUGUUAGCACACUGCUCAGAAGUUCCCCCAGGCUGCGAGUCGGGCAGCUGGCCCAGAAAUCUCGUUCCUCCCAUUCCGUCCGUCGGGCAGUCCCUUGUGUUCCUCCUCUCCCUCUCAUCUGCCUGUCUCCUCCGCUCGCCUCACCUACAAAGCUGCAGUCCCACCACCCAGUCAUUUCAGUCUCUUUUUCGGAUUCCUUCAGCCUUUUCAGCAAGCUCGAGCCUCCUGUUCUUCUCGCCUAUUCGGUGCUACUACCGCUGAAGCUCUGCUCUCAGAGCUUCUAACUUCUCGUUUGUUUCUCCUUCUCGAAUUCCGCUAACUUUUUAUGGGCGCUGAGCAAAGGUCCUUCGCUGAACUUCUUAGCCUCUGGAGGAGCCGGACUGAACCGCUGCAGACGCGGGUUCAAAAUCCGCUGGUCUCGUCGACUCCCCGUCUGGCUGCAGAGGAGGAGGAUUCGCAGAUUAUGGCUUCUGAUGACGGCAUGGAAGUUGGAUUUGCUGCAGAGAACAAGGACUUGCGGAUUGAAAGCGAGCAGAGCAGCACCUGCAGCAACGACAGCAGCACUGCUGACGACGCUAGCAGCGCCUGCAGCCACAACACCAGCACCUGGAGUAACGAGAGCAGCACUGCUGAAGACAGCAUCAUGACUCUUCUGAGCAACUCGAGCAGCAGCUUCGGUGAUGUUAUCUGCAGCGGUAACAUCCUUACCGAGGUUACCAGUGCUUUCAACAGCAACUGCAGCUGUGACUUGAGCAGUGACUUCAACAGUCCUGGCUUCAACGGUGUCAGUUCGUCUGCACUGACUGCAGAUGCGGCUGCUGUUGUGGAAUCCGCUUCAACCACUCGCCUGCUGGUUGCAGCUCAGAGCUCAGUCACGAAAGUGUCUCUGGCCAGCUUGAGGCUGCUGCCUUCUCGCAUUCCCAAGCCUGGCAGCACACGAGCACCUGAUGUGAAGGCUGCUCCUGUGGAGAAGCACACACUGAAAACAUCUGCUGCUUUUGAGUGUGGUCAGGAAGACGCAGCACAGAGGCAACAGGGGAGAGUUGGUCUGAAGUGUGUGGUGAGGAAGGGCCCUGUCAGGCUGACAAGGUCACCAUCACCGGCAAUAAGGCCUCCCUGGAGGCCUUGAAGGCGGACCAUUCAUGGCUGUACUAGUGUGUGAUGUACUGCUGUGCUCCUGAUAUGGUAGCAAGCACUAUGUAGGUGGUACUAGCUUUGUACAAUUCUUUACCUGCUGUAUUUCUGGUUAUGAAUCUUUGUACUGGAGGCCAUGAUUGGCUGUUUGUAUAAUU